AUGUCUUCACAAAAUAUCACAGUCCCAGAGCUCCAGCCAGCCACCGUCGCCAGCUUUCUCCAAUACCUGAUACCCCCUGUCCACCUUCCUCCCCAACUUAUAUCAACGUCCCUCCUCCAACGUCACCAUUUUCUCCAGAUCAACCCCCAGGAAAACCUGGCAGAUUACCUGACGUGGCCGUCCUCAGACCAGUCUCGUAUUAUCGACCUUCUCAGCUCAUUACCAGACGACGCCCUAGCUUCUGAUCUUUCCAUAUGCUAUACCGGUGACCAAGAGUCCACCUACGCUCACGCCCACGUUCGUUCUUCCUCCGUACGCCUCGUCUUUCAGUGGGACCACAACGACACCUCGUGGAAGUACCACAAUGCAGGCUUGAUGCCCUUUCCUCAGAGCUCCUCUCAGCGUGUAGGCGAGAUAGCGAGUCACGACAAGGAGGAAGCCGCGUACUGGGAUGCGUACGGCCAGGAUGAACACCAUGACGAGGGCGACCACCACGCUUUGGUGCACGACAGCCAUGCCCAUACUGAGGAUGCCUACUGGGCCCAGUACGCCAAUGUUCACGGUUCUGGCGACUCCACGAUCCCGUCACCAGUCCCAGAGAAACGCCGCCCAGCGGCUCACCAUGAGCCCACCGUCGUCCAUAUUCCUUCUCACGCCCAGGACCUCUCUGACCGUCUCCUUGCGCUCACUUCCCGAUUAGAGUCCUUACCCACGAUAUCUGACGUCGUCGAAGAAAUACCCCAUACCCAUACCCAGACUUUUGAGCUCAGCCUCUCAGACUCGGAUUCCAGUCCUUCUUCAGAGGAGCCUAUCAAAGCGGAGACUUGGUUACACGCGGACAACGAGACGGCGUUGAGGGAUAGCAUAAGAGGGCUUUAUAUGCUCUGGAGGUCGAGUAAGAGGCACUGGAAGGAACCUGCUACCGAUGAGCAAUUCCUAUCCAUCGUAAAGGAUGCUAUCCAGGAGGUUUGA